AUGGCUUCCAGACGAGAUCAAGACGUGUCAGGCCGCGGCUCUAUCACCGACAGCCCUACGGAUGGUUACUUCAACCGUCGCCAACAUCCUCGGGACCUCUACGUAGCGACUCCUGCUUCCAGUAUCGCCGAAUUGGAGGGAGACGCAGCUGUUAGAUAUGCAGGCUCCAGUGAUUCGUCGCCGAGCCGGUCCCAAGUAAUAUACACGCCAACCUCGACAGCGCGUUCUGGCGAGACCACGCCGUUGCUGGAGAGGGACGCUCCUCCGGCCUACACCGCUGUAGCGAGUGCCCCUGUGCCAGCAGUAGAGAAGCCAACCGCACCAACUUUUGGCCUCUUCGAUUCUGCUCGCGCGUCCAAGCGGGAGAAUGCAGGCGGUGCUGAUGAUCUUGGUGAGUCUGGCCUUCCAACACCGACAGUCCGGAGACCAUGCUGCCGGAGACCGUGUGCCGCCUCAGGUGGGACAUCCAAGAGGCAAAUCCUGCUGUUUGUCCGGCUGUUUGUUGGCAUUGUGGGUACACUGCUGCUUGUUGGUCUGCUGUUCCCUGACCACCGGGAUGAGGCUCACCGCGCCCCUGGUGUACCGGAGAGGCCGAUUGAAUCUGAACCGGGUUCUUCCAAAAACACCGAAUCGCGCCGCACAAUCAUCAACGUCGGCUCCGGCAGUGUGUCCGGCGCCUACGCCCUGCGGGACUACCUCUCCAUCCGCACAACCAGCGGCUCCAUCAGCAUCACCGUCGACCCGCAAGCCGCGGACCCCAACUACCCGAAACCGGCGGUGUUCGAAGCGUACGCCACCGCAGGCAGCAUACGAAUCGACUUCCCGACCCGUGGCGCUAUCCCAGACCGCGUGUACGAGGUUGCGGUGCACUCGGACAUGGGCUCCAUCUCCGGCACGUUCAUACACGGUCAACACACGAGCUUGAGCGCGCUGUCCGGUUCCAUUUCCGCGACGAUCCUGCCGUAUAGCGCGGGGAAUAGGUCGGCGCUGCGCACGGAUACCAUGUCCGGCCAGACGACCGUCACGGUGCUCGCGCCGUACAAGGACCCUGGCACGGUGAUGGGCAGCAUGGAGAGCCUGCAUAAGUCGAAGAGCGGCUCGAUGAAGCUGGUGUAUCCGCAGGAGUGGGAGGGGACGGUGGAGGGGAGGACGGUGAGCGGGAGCCUCAGGAUGCAUGGGAGGGACUUGGAGGUUGUGCGGGAGGACAAGGGUUAUGUGAGGAAUCAUGUGGUUGCAAGAAAGGGGAAGAAGAACAGCAGGAUGGAAUUCAAUGUCAUGAGUGGGAGCGUCACGGCUCAGAUUGGGGAUCUUUGA